CGCUACCCGCUGGACGUGGCCGUCACCGCCGACUGCCACGUGGUUGUCACCGACGCCGGCGACCGCGCCGUGAAAGUGUUUGAUUUUUCCGGCCAGGUCAGGCUCGUCCUGGGAGGCGGCCGGUUCGCGCUCCCGUGGGGCGUGGAGGCCACGCCUCAGAACGGGAUCCUGGUCACCGACGCCGAGGCCGGCUCCCUGCACCUCCUGGAAGCCAACCUCCCCGAAGGGGUCCUGCGCAGGAGCGAGAGGCUGCAUGCGCACCUGUGCCGCCCCCGGGGCGUGGCCGUGUCCUCGCUCAGCGGGGCCAUCGCCGUCCUGGAGCAGCCCGCAUCCCCGGGGACCGGGCCCGGCAGCACCAGGGUCAAGGUGUUCAGCCCGAGUAUGCAGCUCAUCGGCCAGGUGGAUACCUUUGGGCUGAGCCUCUUCUUUCCGGGCAGGAUAACUGUGUCGGCUGUGACCUUUGAUCAGCAGGGGAACGUGAUUGUGGCCGAUUUGUCGGGCCCGGCUGUGCUCUGCUUGGGAAAACCCGAGGAGUUCCCCGUGCUGAAGCCUUUGGUCACCCAGGGGCUCACCCACCCUGUGGCACUGGCCUUCACCAAGGAGAAUUUGCUUCUUGUGCUGGACGCUGCAUCCCAUUCUGUAAAAGUCUACAAAGUUGAUGGGGAGUAGAGUGGUGGGGACCGAGGGACUGGAGUCAGAAGUCCUGGUGCUGUCACUAGUGAAUUGUCACUUAACUCCUCCAUCCAGGCAGAGGUAAUGGUGACCGCCUGGCAGCAUUUCAAAAGUUGGAGAAGAUAUUAAAAAAGUAUUAAAUCCA